AUGGGCAGCGGCAGCUCAUCCUGGGAUCACCCCUCAAACCUGUGGAGGCUGGGAGAACAGGAACCUCUCUUCGUGAUGAAUGUCAGCCCGAUAAAAACUACACUAAAUCAGUGCAAGUGUAAGCGCACCACCGUGUCCUUGCUAAAAGUGUUCCAAACACUUGGUAGGAAUUUCAGAAUCCACAGUGCUCCAAAAAAAAAAUAUUACCACAUUUCUCACCUGCCUGAGUUGAGUUAUUUUAAGCACCCUUUGGGAUGGUACCUGUUUGGGGUGAGGAGCUGGUGGGAUGGUGUGAGCAGGGGGUGCCAAAAAAGAAAAGAAAAAAUCUUGAGAUUAUAA